AUGGGUGUGGAGAGCUCCAUAGGUUCCAAGGUUUUGGUUCGCCAUGUCAUCAGCAUUUUGACGAUUAUUUCUUUGGAAGGCUGGGUUCCAUUAGUGAGCUUGACAUAUGGAUCCUGCGAGUCUGACGAGUGCGGUGAGGUCAUGAUCGGUUAUCCUUUCGGGAACGACUCUAAAACAUGCUGUCCUCAUGACCCACUGUUAAAAUUAAAUUCUCUCUGGAAGGACCCUAUUUAUGAUGAUCAAUCUCUUGGGUUGAUCUCAGAGUUUGGGAGAACAGGCAAUGCUUGUUUUGCUCCACCUGAAAAGCCUCCUAAUAAGCCCAGCGCAUCUGAUACUGAUGUUCCCGGCAGUGAAGUGCUCUCCUUUCUUGAAUCCAAUCACUGGCGUUUCCACCUAGCAUUUCUCCGUAAUUGCAGCGGCUCCUCAAAUGGUGAUUAUUCACAUCUUAACUUGACUUGCCUUUCUGCCGGGGCCAACCACUCUUAUGUCGCUCUUGGAGGUAGACCAGACGACCUUCAUCUUAGUCGGUUAGCGUGCGAGAGUCCUGUUAUUGUACCUGUUGAAUUAGCCGGAGACGAUUGGGAGAAAAUAGAAAAUGAUGGAUCAGCCAAGGAGGAGUUGAAGCACGGGUUUAGACUGCAAUGGAAUUUAACCUUAUGGGAGAGUUGUGUUAAAUGCAAAAAAGUGGAGGCAAAUGCGGGGAACUGGAUGGUACCUGUAUUUGUGGAAUUCAUAUCUGACGCAAAUGCCAUCUUUUGGCACAUCUUUGCUGCAGGAAACGACGCACCUUUGAGGAUUGGAUUAGGUUGUGGAUUUGGUGCCUUGGCCAGUAUUUUUCUCUGUUCAUGCAUCUACAAGAUCCGCCACAAACAACAGCAUUGCUUCUCAAUAUUCCGCUCAAGACAUGCUUCUUCCGAUUCUUCCUCGAAAGCAGAUCUUGAAGUGGGCAAUUUAUACUUCAGGGUUCCCAUUUUCACCAAUGCUGAGCUUGAAGAAGCUACUAACCAUUUCGAUUCUGCCCGGGAGCUUGGAGAUGGAGGUUUUGGAAUUGUGUACUAUGGCAAACUUCGAGAUGGCCGGGAAGUAGCUGUUAAGCGUCUAUACGAGCGCAACUAUCGGUGGGUGAAGCAGUUCAUGACUGAAGUCCAAAUCCUAACUCGCUUGCGCCACAAAAACCUCGUCUCUUUAUACGGUUGCACUUCGCACAGCCAUGAGCUCCUACUGGUCUAUGAGUACAUCCCGAACGGCACAGUAGCUGAUCAUCUGCAUGGGGAGCGAGCGAAGCAGGUCUCUCUCCUGUGGACUACUCGUAUUAGCAUCGCCAUAGAAACGGCCACCGCAUUGGCUUACCUUCAUGCGUCUGACACUAUCCACCGCGACGUGAAGACUAAUAACAUCCUCCUUGACAAUAACUUCAGCGUCAAAGUAGCAGAUUUUGGCCUUUCUCGGCUGUUCCCCAAUGAUGUGAGCCACGUGUCAACUGCUCCUCAGGGGACGCCAGGUUAUUUGGACCCCGAGUACCAUCACUGUUACCAGCUCACGCAGAAGAGUGAUGUCUACAGUUUUGGGGUUGUGUUAGUGGAACUCAUAUCAUCCAUGCCGGCGGUCGAUAUAAGCCGAGACAGGCACGAGAUUAAUUUGGCCAACUUAGCAACUAGCAAGAUACGGAACGACGAGUUCUGUGAAUUGAUCGAUCCAAAUUUGGGGUUUGAGUCGGAUCCCGAAAUCAAUAGGAUGAUCAUGGCUGUGGCCGAGCUGGCUUUCAGGUGCUUGCAACAGGACAAGGAGAUGAGGCCCUCCAUGGAGACUGUCCUGGAGGAGUUGAAGGCAAUUUCGAGUGGGACACAUGAGCCUGGCAAGUCGAACGAUGUGAGCUAUGAUAACAGCACCGGUCAAAGCGAGAACCCGCCUCCUUCGCCGGAAUGUGACAAUGUGGAGCUGUUGAAGAAUAUGAAGUCGCUGACUUCACCUGUUUCCGUGACUCAAAAAUGGGGAAGCAGUGGUAUUUCUUCUGUACGUAGUGGUUAAUAUGUAGUCCUAUCUGUUCUCUCCUGCAAAUUUCCCUUGUCCAUCUUUGUUUGCUUGCAUCUGGGUAUUGGUUUCUAGCUAAUAUUAUAUAGAAUGUAGAUGAUAUAGCAGGUGAUCAAGUUUUCCAUUUUGGUCUUCAUUUUUCUGUUUCAACGUGUCAGUACUUCUGUUGAGGCUAG